AAACCCUAAUCCCAAUUUUCCUCGAAUAUGCCAUUUUUGAGGAUUGUGAGACUUCUCUUACCUGGAAUCAGGGUUUUGAUUAGAAGAUCACUAAUUUGGUUGUUGUAGAUGCAUCUCUGUGAAAUUAUUCCCUCUUGGAUCUACCAGUUAUUUGGUUGCAUGGGAGGUUGUUUUGGAUGCUGCAAUAAACCACCGCUUAUAGUUGCAGUGGAUGAGCCGUCUAAAGGGUUAAGGAUUCAAGGUCGUUUAGUGAAGAAGCCAAGCGUAUCAGACGACUUUUGGAGCACAAGCACUUGCGAGAUGGAUAACAGCACACUUCAGUCACAGAGAAGCAUGUCUUCUAUCAGCUUCACUAACAAUACUUCUACUUCUGCAAGUACAAGCAACCCCACAGAAUUUGUAAACCACGGAUUGAACCUCUGGAACCAAACUAGGCAACAAUGGCUUGCAAAUGGAACUUCUCAUAAAAAGGCCAAACUUCGAGAACCUACAAUAAGCUGGAAUGCAACAUAUGAGAGCUUGUUGGGUAUGAACAAGCGGUUUUCUCGUCCAAUACCUCUCCCUGAAAUGGUCGAUUUUCUUGUGGAUGUGUGGGAGCAAGAAGGCUUGUAUGAUUGAUUUGCAACUCUUGAAACUUAAUUGGUUUCAUCUUUUUUUUCUCUCGUUAAUGUGUGUAAUCAAAAAUUUCCGGAACU